CUUAUGCUUAGGGUAGUAGCGGGAAGUUCUGUAUUUUUCGGAGCUGGAAACUGAAGCAAACCGGAAAAUAUCCCAAAACCACAUCUUAUUUGUCAGCCCUUUAUAAUAGUCUGGCAAAGAUCUUUAUGAUAUAUAAGUGUUGUCAAACAUCUUUUUGACUUGAUCAGACUCUUUUCAUUAUACAUUGAACGUGAUCUCCCAGCUCAGUACAAAGUUAACCAGAUCAGUUGCCCACAAUGUCUGUUCAAAAAGCAAUUGUGGUCGUUUCCCCUCAAAAGGAAGGUCUGGUUUCCGAUCGCCCGAUUCCUGCUCUUCGUGAUGACUACAUUCUAGUCAAAACAGUCAGCGUAGCCUUGAACCCAACUGACUGGAAACACAUUGCAUAUGUCUCCCCAGUUGGUUCUCUUAUCGGCUGUGACUAUGCUGGUAUAGUCGAGGAGGUCGGAAAGGAUGUCAAGAAACCUUUCAAAAAGGGAGAUCGAAUUUGCGGUUUCGCGCAUGGAGGAAAUGCUAGCCAGCUUGAAGAUGGUGCUUUUGCAGAAUAUGUGGUAGUCAAGGGAGACGUUCAAAGUCACAUUCCCGAAAAUCUUAGCUUCCAAGAGGCAGCUACUCUAGGAGUCGGGAUUACCACGGUUGGCCAAGCGCUGUAUCAGAGUUUGAAGCUGGCUUUACCCACACAACCUAUCAGCAAGGAGAAGUCCGUUCAUCUGUUGAUUUACGGAGGCUCAACUGCAACAGGCUCUCUUGCCAUCCAAUUUGCAAAACUGUCAGGAUACACGGUUUUGACAACCUGCUCUCCCCGGAAUUUUGAUCUUGUUAAAAGUCUUGGAGCGGAUGCCGUUUUCGAUUACAAUGAUCCGAACGCAGCUGCUGAGAUUCGCAAGUACACCGAUGAUAAGCUAACUCUCGCGUUUGACACCAUUACUACCAGUGACUCUGCGAAAUUUUGUGGCGAAGCGUUGUCCUCUUCCCUGGUUGGAGACUGUACUCUUCUUGCUAACGUAAAUGUCGAGCGAGAGAACGUGAGAAGUCGUUGGACGCUAGGCUAUACUGCUUUAGGUGAAAGCUUUGAUUUCGGUCCCGUAAAAAUUGAGGCAAAACCUGAAGACAAGGAAUACGCAGCCAUAUUCUGGGAGCUUGCUACAAAGCUAUUAGGGGAGGGUAAGAUCAAGGUGCACCCUCCCAAGGUCAAUCCGGGAGGUCUGAAAGGGGUCUUGGAUGGACUACAAUUGUUGCGUGAUAAUAAAGUUAGUGGAGAGAAGCUCGUCUACAAUGUAGAUGAAACAGACUAGAUUUUGUUUGAAUUCUAGCGUUUGGAAAGUGAAACUAACUUCAAUUUCAUCUGCCAAAGAAACACAAAAGAUAAUCCUUCUCGUGGACCACCACUAUUAGGAAAGCUACAAAAACAGCGCCACUUAUAUGAUUAGAUACAAAUUAAUUCCUUUUAUUCU